AUGGGUAUCAAGGGAAUUCGCACCGCUUUGAAGGUUGAUCUGGAGAAGCAUGCUAGUCAGCAGCCCGGCUUACAUAAUCGAUGGCAUCCAGAUGUUCCAGCCUAUGGUAAAAUUGCCAAUAACGAGGUAGUCAAGAUUGAAUGUCUUGACUGGACUGGUGGCCAGAUCAAGAACAACGACUCAGCCGACGAUGUUAAGAAUGUCGACCUCACCCAGAUUCACUACCUGUCAGGUCCCUUCGAGAUCGAAACAGCUGAGCCGGGAGAUGUCCUCUUGGUUGAGAUCCAAGACGUUCAGCCUUUCCAAGAGCAGCCAUGGGGAUUUACCGGUAUCUUCGAUCGCCAGAAUGGUGGUGGUUUCCUGGAUGAGAUUUAUCCCAAUGCGGCUAAAGCGAUUUGGGAUUUUGAGGGAAUCUUCUGCUCUUCCCGCCACAUUCCACAUGUUCGAUUCGCCGGCUUGAUUCAUCCUGGUAUCCUGGGAUGUGCUCCCUCAGCCGAGGUUCUAGCCGAAUGGAACCGCCGAGAGGGUGAGCUAAUCGCGGCAAACACAGUCGCAGAUCGUAUCGUCGCGCAGCCACCAAACCCGACAAAUGCUCACGCUGGAAGUGCCGGUGAGGAUGUCAAGUCGAAGGUGGCCAGAGAAGGAGCUCGAACUAUUCCCGGUCGUCCCGAGCAUGGAGGUAACUGCGAUAUCAAAAACCUCUCCCGAGGCUCCAAAAUCUACCUUCCAGUUCACGUCCCAGGUGCGAAAUUCUCUGUUGGAGAUCUACAUUUUUCGCAGGGUGAUGGUGAAAUCUCAUUCUGCGGCGCGAUUGAGAUGGCAGGCGUUAUCACACUGAAGUUCACCGUGAUCAAGAACGGCAUGGCGAAACUGAGUAUGAAGUCUCCCAUCUUUCAUGCUGGUCCAGUUGAGCCUCAAUUUGGUCCGGGUCGGUAUCUCACUUUUGAGGGAUUCUCGGUCGAUGAGAAUGGCAAGCAGCAUUAUCUUGAUGCUACGGUUGCGUACCGCCAGACUUGUCUGAGGGUUAUUGAGUAUCUGAGGCGCUAUGGAUAUGAUGAUUAUCAGAUUUAUCUCCUCUUGAGUUGUGCCCCUGUCCAGGGCCACAUUGCUGGGAUUGUGGAUAUUCCCAAUGCUUGUACUACUUUGAGCGUUCCCAUGGAUAUCUUUGAUUUUGAUAUCAGACCUGAGGCUGAUAUUGUUCCGAGGGAUAUGGGGGCUUGCGCGUUCACGAGCGAGUAA